UUGGCUCUGUCUGCCGCUGCAGAAACAGAAAGGAAUGUGUAUUCGAAAGCAUCACCACGCCACAACAUCGCUGCGCUGUUAGCUAGCACUGUCUGUCGCUGUUCGUUCGUUCGUUCCAACAAUCUCUCUGUAAGCUGUCGUACGGUUCGGUUGGUUUCUGUUCAGGUCGCGUCCGGAAAUUGCUUGGAAAGUGCAUAAAUUUCGUUGAUUUUGGUGCCAAUUUUACGCGUCAAAUGCGCGCCGAGUGUCCUUGCAUAGGUAGGUAGUUCGUUCGAUGCGGGAAAGUACCGUUAAAGGCUCGAAAUUUGGAUAACCCAAAAAAGUAGGGAAAAAAAAAAUUGUUGCGCGAUCACUGUGUGAGAAGGUAUAGUGCCAAAGUGAAUGGGAAUGGGGGGCAUUUGGAAAACUGGAUUCUGGCGUAACUUGCGACAUGGGCCAAAGUGAAGAAUUGGCAUUUUACGUUGUGCAUCUGAAGAAAAACAUAUUAAGAACUGUGGUACGGUUGCGGAAUCCCAUUAUAUUGUGCAGUAGUGAAGCAAGGCGAUAUUUAAACACGGCUGUGUAUUGAACAGUGUACGAGUAGAAAAAGAGGUGUUUCGAAUACACGCAACCAGAGCGUUCGUCGUGAGAAGAAACGUGCGGUGGAGGAGCAAGUUCGUAUACGUAUACGAACGAAGCACAUCAAACAGAGCAUAAAUCAGGCUGGCUUCAGCGUACUGCGCGUGGUGCUGGCCAAGAAGAAGAAACAGCAGAAGCAAACGGGUCGCAGCCGCAUUCACUACAACAUAGGUGCGGCGGGCUAUAACACAGCCAGCCCCAUGCCAUAAUAAUCAUCGGAGAAAGGCACUUUGGAGGACGCAGGCAGGCAACCAACAGGCUGGGCAGUGUUGGUAGAUUGUUGUCCACGGCUGGAGUAGCUCCAUAGAGCAAGUGGCACCCACGGCAACAGCGCGCCAGUGACGAGCGCCUACCAGUAAACAUAUGUUCAACUAGAAGCUUAUAUCAGCGACCACCACCGCGGGAGUACGUACGUGUGCAUACCGCCGUUAAUAAUAUCUAUGCCAACGACCAAGCGGCCCUGCCGCGGCAAAAACUGCACCAAUGAUGUAGAACGUGAAUUUGCACAAAAGUGCGCCUAUCUCUCUUAUUAAGUGCAACACAGCGAGCCGAGGCAGCAUAAUUGCAUCCCGAGUCAGUGCAGUGUAGUGCAGUGCAGUAGUUUGCAAGUGAUAUCUUGGGUGCUCUCCACGCUUAUGUGUGGCGAGGGUGUGCUGUAUGUGUGCCGCAAGUGAAAAUCAAGAAAAAUAUCUCCGCACGAAAAGCAGAACCAGUUUCUCUCCGCGCUUGCAUGCAUUAUCAAUUUUCCUCUCGCGUGUGCAGUAAUAUCGAGGCGUACUUUGUGUGGCAUCUUAUCUUCCGAAACACGCGUUCCGUGUUUGUUGUUCCGCGUAUGGGAGAGUGUUUAUCCGGAUUUCCCGCCAUGUAUUAGUGCGCUGAUGAGUUUGUGGUUGUUCGUCGGGAGGUCUUUGUUUGAUAUCAGAUUGUGGUUUUAUAUCCUCAACUUUGCUGUUGCUUCUGCUGCCUGGUAUCGAAUGCGAGAAAAUACAGCAAUAAAUGACUGAUCGAAAAUUGCCAAUUAGUCUGUCGGACCACAGCGAGUUCGGAAUCAAUCACGGGGCUGCCACCAUCAUCGGCGGUGGCGGCGCUAGUGGCGGCGUUGGGAGCAGUGGGGUCAUUGGAAGUGGUAGCACUGUUGCCCUCGGAGUGGUGGGAGUCAGCCUGCCCGGUGGGCUGGGUGUUGGAAUCGGCGGAGCGACAACGGUAUCGGCAUCGGUGACCGGAGGUGGCAGCAGCGGGAAUGUCAGCAGCAAGCAUGCCAUCGCACGUCUGAAGCACACCAAUUCCCUAACCGCCGGUCUACCGCCGGAACUGUUUGAUAAAGGUAACCGCCUGUCACAUUCCAGUGAUACCAGCCAGGCAGAAACCAUGACGUCGGUCACGAGCUCGUCGCUGGACUCGGACGAGGUCGAUCUCUCCGGACUGGUGGAGUCGGUUGUGGACUCCGACGAAGAGGACAUCGCUGAGAGUAUCGAUAGUUUGAGUGUUCGCGAUACCGUGCGAGAAUGUCUGGAAAAAGAUCCAAGCGAUCGAACGAUGGAUGAUAUCGAAAUAUUGCUUGAGUUUACGCAAAAGCUGAAAGCGUUCACCAAUAUGACAUUUGCCGUGAGGCGAGCACUGUGCUCGGUUAUGGUGUUCGCCGUGGUCGAAAAAGCCGGGACCAUUGUGAUGAACGAUGGGGAGGAGCUGGACUCGUGGAGUGUACUCAUCAACGGGCACGUGGAAAUCGAGCAUGCCAAUGGGGAGAUGGAAUAUCUACAUAUAGGGGAUAGUUUUGGGAUUUUGCCAACAAUGGAUAAGCUUUAUCAUCGGGGGAUCAUGAGAACCAAAUGUGAUGAUUGUCAGUUUGUGUGUAUCACUCAGACGGACUACUAUCGGAUACAGCAUCAAGGGGAGGAUAACAUUAGGAAAAUCGAGGAAGAUGGUCAGGUGGUGAUGGUUACGGAACUUAGGAAUAGUUCGGGGGAGAAUGGAUCUCGCAAAGGCUAUGUGGUCAUUCGAGGCACAGUGGAUCGGUUAACGCAGCAAUUGAUUGAGGACACUACCCAGACAGAUCAAAAUUAUGUGGAAGAUUUCCUUCUCACAUUCCGAACCUUUAUCAGUGACCCAAUUGACGUUUCGAAGCAGUUAUUGAAGUGGUUCAACGUGGACUCUUCUGAUGAUGGAAACGAUCUGAUAGAUGCGAUGCAUCAAGCAUCUGCAAAUGACAUAUGUGAUCGCGUUACAAGGGUAGUACUGCUAUGGGUUAACAAUCAUUUUACCGAUUUCGAUACCGAUCCGCAGAUGAUGGAAUUUUUAGAAAUAUUCGAGUCUGCAUUGGAAAAGAAAAACAUGCUUGAGCAGUUGAGGUUAUUGCACGUGUACGCUCAGCAUAACGCUAGGGAAAGGAAUGUUACCUUGGCACGAAGUUCGAGGGACGAAGAUUUGAACUUUCAAAUCUCCGGAGGACCCGGUGGUAUUUUUAUUACCAGAGUUGAACCUAAAACUAAAGCGUACGACGUAGGUUUAAAACGAGGCGACCAAAUAUUAGAGGUAAAUGGACAGAACUUUGAACACAUUACAUGUGCACGGGCUAUGGAGCUGCUGAUGGGAACAACACACCUGAGUAUUACAGUGAAAAGCAACCUGUGGGCAUUCAAGGGAAUGCUUUCAAAUGCUGACGGCGAUUCGAGCAAACUAAAGAUUGACCUCAAAAAAGGUUUCCGGGCCGACUUGUUACAAUCUCAAAAAUCGCUUGAUUUGGUAGACAAGGCGGGAUUACUGCCGACUCCCCAGUUCCUCAUGCCACUGCCUGUGCGAGAUGAGUACGGUCGGAAAGAUUCGGGUGCGUCAACUCCAUCUUCUUCACACAUGAACAACAAUAAGGGUAGCUUCAUGACGCUAGGCGGUAAGAAACGCCUUCAGAAAGCACUUAUCAAAAUGAAUCUGUUGCCGAAAAAUAUGGUCCUGCAGGACGAUAGCAUCAACAAUAAUAGCAACAAUAACGGCAGUACCAACUAUGAUAGUAGCGACCGAUCCUCCGGAAUAAGCGUGAACUUCUCGUCUCAAGCGUCGUCCAUUUCGACAUCUUCAAUCACUACCGCAGAUUCGGACGAGACUCCUCCAACGUCUACAUAUCAAAGUAAUCCCGAUCUCCGGGAACAUCCUCACACACCGGCUAAAACUCUCUCUACCGAGGCAAUCAUUCCAAAAAGCGGCACGCUUUACUACGAGGAGCUCCGAGCUAGUGAUUUUCCUGAACACAUUCUCAAAGUAUACAAAUCGGAUCAAACAUGCAAAUAUUUACUAGUACAUAAGGAAACCACGGCGCACGAGGUGGUUAUGCUGGCAUUGCAGGAGUUUGGUAUACACGACCCCAGCUCGAACUUUUCACUUUGUGAAGUGAGCGUCGGAGAGGGUGGAAUGAUCAAACAACGGCGGCUUCCGGAUCAGCUGCAGAAUCUUGCCGAGCGGAUUGGGUUGAGUUCGAGGUAUUAUCUGAAGACUAAUGGAAUAACGGAAACCCUGGUACCUGACGAUGUUGCACCGGAACUGAUCCGAGAAAGUGCGGUACACUUUUUGCAACUAAAUGCAAACGAGCUUGCAAUCCAGCUGACGCUGCAAGAUUUCUCAAUAUUCCGACAGAUUGAAUCAACUGAAUACAUAGACGAUUUGUUCAGCUUGAAGAGUCGCUAUGGUAAACCAAUGUUGGUAAAGUUUGCCGAGCUAGUCAACAGGGAAAUGUUCUGGGUCGUCACGGAAGUUUGCAGUGAGCAUAACAUGAUGCGACGGUGUAAGAUUAUCAAACAGUUUAUAAAGAUAGCGCGACAUUGUAAGGAGUGCAAGAAUUUCAAUAGCUUAUUUGCAAUAAUUAGUGGGCUAGGACAUGCGGCAGUUUCACGUUUGAGGCAAACGUGGGAGAAGUUACCUUCCAAGUAUCAAAAAUUGUUCAAUGACUUACAGGAACUGAUGGAUCCUUCUCGAAAUAUGUCAAAGUAUCGUCAGUUGAUACAAACAGAGCUGAACGCUCAACAUCCUGUCAUUCCUUUUUACCCGGUGGUGAAAAAAGAUCUUACUUUUAUCCAUUUGGGCAAUGAUUCCAAAAUUGAAAGCUUGAUCAAUUUUGAGAAGUUACGAAUGAUUUCGAAAGAAGUGCGAACGUUGCUGCAAAUGUGCAAUUCUCCCUAUGAUAUACUGACUAUGCUGGAGUUGAAAUGUCAGCCUCCGAGCUCGGCUAUGGUUGCACUAAAUCAAAUGUCGGUUCCAUCCAGUGGAAAUUUAAUGAUGCCUCCUCCACCUGUAAUCAAUAGUCAAACGGUGAAGCGAAGGAAGAAGUCAACGGCUGCCCCCAAUCCGAAAAAGAUGUUUGAGGAAGCUCAAAUGGUAAGACGGGUGAAGGCAUACUUGAACAAUAUGAAAGUGACCACCGACGAGGACGAACUCCACAAACUAUCGCUCGAGUGUGAACAGCAGGGCGGAAGUACACCAAACAACGUCCAGGUGAGAAAACGUUAUCCUUCUCCCACGCUUUCCACCACAUCGAGUACUAGCUCCACUAGCGAGGGCAAGAAAGGAGCCCUGGGUCUUGGCAUGAGUAGUCUUUCGAUAGGAAGCUCCGGCAGUGGCAAUAGCGGAGCACCCAAAUUCGGAGCCGCAUCACCACAGGCAGUGAAGAAACUGCUCUCACUCUCAGAACAAACCAAAACUCGACCUCAUCAACCACGACAUCCAUCGGUGGGCGCGGUGCUGCCACCUCCAUUGAACAACAUCCAUCAUCAUAGUCAGCUUGCGUCCCAUCAUAACAAUUUGUCCCAUUUCCACCACACCCAUCACACGCCGUAUCAUCAUCACGCCGGCAUUUCGUUAAGUCCUACUGCGCAUGCUUCAAGCGGUAGCCAGUGUUGCAUCGGGAGUGGCACUGGGGGAGGUGGCACCGGCGGUGGCGUCGGGCCACCUCAUCAGCAGUAUCCGAAUACUCACCAGAGCUAUGCGGUUUCCAGCGGAAUUCAUUUGUCCAACAUGCAGCUGCCCACUCCACCCAACUAUAAUGCCACCAUGUCGAUGUACUCGAACGGGCGGCCCUCGGUUAUCUCGAGCCGGAUACUGGAAAGUUCGGUGGACUCCACUAGUCAACUGCCGCCACCGAUGGAACUUCCACCGGAGAGUAGCUCCUUCCGCAGUCCACCCAACUAUGCGCAAGCCGCACAUCGACGCAUUACCGGCAACAGCACGGUCAUAUCAUCCUACCCGGCGCCGCACCAGAACUUUGGUUCAUCCUCUCGUAUCAUAGCCGCCGUCGGAAUUUCACCCAUCACACCCACCUACGUUCCCGCCGGGGUGAACUCCAUUUCGCCGAUGUACACGGGCAAUGUGGGCACCGGAAACGGAAACAGUACCGUUCCUGGUGCCAACAGUAACCUUCCGCCAGCUAUUCCCGCUCGGUUGCACGAAUCCAGCGGAGUAGUGCCACUGACGCUGGAGUCGGUUCAGCCGCCUCCACCGUUGCCACCGAGUAUAGACCUCUCCAUCGAGAGCAGUUCGGUAACCGUCAUCAGCAAUGCAGCACCCGAACAACUGUUGGAGACCUCGGUGGACGACGAUAGCGAAUCGGUUGAGUGCGACGUUACUGAAACCCUGUCAACCGAAGUUUAAGUGUCAGAUUUAUCAUAAAUACUAUUUACAUACAGCACGUAAAAUCAUCAUGUUACAGCGAAUAGUACUACUUACUAGUUUCGUGCA